GUCGGCUCCGACCGUCUGACUGCUGUGAUGGCUGCAGUCUGAAGAGGUCAACCUGUGGAUUAUAACGGCACACACACACACACACACACACACACACACACACACACACACACUCUCUGGACAGUGGACACCUGAGGAAGAGAGGAGGCCCACGGGAACAAUGGCGAAGUACCACUGGCAGAGUCAGAACGUGAAGCAGAGCGGUGUGGACGACAUGGUGCUGCUGUCCAAGAUCACCGAGGACGCCAUCGUGGACAACCUGAAGAAGAGAUACAUGGACGACUUCAUAUUUACUUACAUCGGUUCCGUGUUGAUAUCGGUCAACCCGUUCAAACAGAUGCCGUACUUCACCGACCGGGAGAUCGACCUGUACCAAGGAGCCGCCCAAUACGAGAAUCCCCCCCACAUCUACGCCCUGUCGGACACCAUGUACAGGAACAUGAUGAUCGACGCGGAGAACCAGUGCGUCAUCAUCAGCGGCGAGAGCGGCGCCGGGAAGACGGUGGCGGCCAAAUACAUCAUGGGUUACGUCUCCAAGGUAUCCGGAGGAGGAUCCAAGGUUCAGCACGUCAAGGACAUCAUCCUGCAGUCCAACCCUCUGCUGGAAGCCUUCGGCAACGCCAAGACCGUCCGCAACAACAACUCCAGUCGCUUUGGGAAAUACUUUGAGAUUCAGUUCAGCAGAGGAGGAGAACCGGACGGCGGGAAAAUCUCAAACUUCCUCCUGGAGAAGACGAGGGUGGUGAGCCAGAACGAGAACGAGAGGAACUUCCACAUUUACUAUCAGAUGAUAGAGGGCGCCAACGAGCAGCAGAAGGAGGGCCUGGGUAUCAUGACCCCGGACUACUACUGCUACCUCAACCAGUCUGGGACCUACAAGGUGGACGGGACCAACGACAGCAACGACUUCAGAGAGACGAUGGAAGCCAUGCAGGUGAUCGGGAUCCCAGCAGACGUCCAGGCUCAGGUCCUGCAGAUCGUGGCCGGCAUCCUCCACCUGGGAAACAUCAGCUUCAUCGAGGCCGGCAACUACGGGCAGGUGGAGAGCACCGACUUGCUCGCCUUCCCCGCCUACCUGCUGGGCAUCGAUCCCGGCCGCCUGCAGGACAAGCUGACCGGCCGGAAGAUGGAGUCAAAGUGGGCGGGGAAGAACGAGUCCAUCAACGUGACCCUGAACCAGGAGCAGGCCACCUACACCAGAGACGCCCUGGCCAAGGCCCUCUACGCCAGAGUCUUCAACCACCUGGUGGAGGCCAUCAAUAAAGCCAUCCAGAAACCGCACGAAGAGUUCAGUAUCGGAGUCCUCGACAUUUACGGCUUUGAGAUCUUCCAGAAAAAUGGCUUCGAGCAGUUCUGCAUCAACUUCGUCAACGAGAAGCUGCAACAGAUCUUCAUUGAGCUGACGCUGAAGGCCGAGCAGGAGGAGUACGUCCAGGAGGGCAUCAAGUGGACUCCCAUCGACUACUUCAACAACAAGAUCGUGUGCGACCUCAUUGAAAAUAAACUGAACCCUCCCGGCAUCAUGAGCGUGCUGGACGACGUGUGCGCCACCAUGCACGCCAAAGGAGAAGGUGCCGACGGCACUCUGCUGCAGAAGCUGCAGGCCGCGGUGGGAACGCACGAGCACUUCAACAGCUGGAACUCCGGCUUCGUCAUCCAUCACUACGCCGGCAAGGUGUCGUACAAUAUCGCCGGCUUCUGUGAGCGGAACCGGGACGUGCUGUUCCCCGACCUCAUAGAGCUCAUGCAGAGCAGCGAACAUAACUUCAUCUGUGGCUUGUUCCCCGAAAACCUGAACACAGAUAAGAAAAGCCGUCCGACCACCGCCAGCUCCAAGAUCAAGAGUCAAGCCAACGACCUUGUGAAGACGCUGAUGAAAUGCACUCCGCACUACAUCCGCUGCAUCAAACCCAACGAGACCAAGAGGCCCAAAGACUGGGAGGAGAGCAGAGGGAGGCAUCAGGUGGAAUAUCUCGGACUGCGGGAGAACAUCCGCGUGAGAAGAGCUGGCUUCGCGUACCGCAGAGUCUUCACUAAGUUUCUGAAGAGGUACGCGAUCCUGACGGCGGAGACGUGGCCGUGUUGGGGGGGUCCGGAGCAGCAGGGGGUCCUCCACCUCCUCCGCUCCGUCAACAUGGACAACGACCAGUACCAGAUGGGGCACACCAAGGUCUUCGUCAAGAACCCUGAAUCGCUUUUCCUGCUGGAGGAAAUGAGGGAGAGGAAGUUUGACUCGUUCGCCCGGAUCAUUCAGAAAUCCUGGAGAAGAUACAUCGCCAGAAAGAAGUAUGAGCAGAUGAGAGAGGAGGCCUCCGACAUCCUGCACGACUCCAAGGAGCGCAGGAGGAACAGCAUCAACAGGAACUUCGUGGGCGACUACCUGGGCCUGGAGCAGCGGCCCGAGCUCCGGCAGUUCCUCUCCAAGAGGGAACGCGUCGACUUCGCCGAUUCCGUCAACAAGUUCGAUCGCAGGUUCAAGUCCAUCAAGAGAGACCUGAUCCUUACCCCCAAGGGCAUCUAUCUGAUUGGUCGAGAGAAGGUGAAGAAAGGACCCGAGAAAGGACAGAUAAAGGAAGUGCUGAAGAGGAAACUGGAGUUUGAAGGCAUCACCGGCGUCUCUCUCAGCACGAGACAGGACGACUUCUUCAUCCUCCACGAGUCCCAGUACGACAGCCUGCUGGAGUCCAACUUCAAGACCGAGUUCCUCAGUCUGCUGUUGAAGCGCCACGAGGACGUGACCAAGAGGAAACUGACCAUCUCCUUCACCGACAGGUUGGAGUUCAGGGUGAAGAAGGAGGGCUGGGGCGGAGGCGGCUGCAGGGUGGUGGUCUUCCAGAGGGGCCAAGGGGACCUGGCCCAGCUCAAGCCUGGAGGGAAGACCCUCGCCAUCACAGUGGGGGACGGUCUACCCAAGUCCUCCAAGCCGAGCAGGAGGAGCGCGGCACAGCCUCAAGGCGGAGGAAGAAAUAAUGUGUCCAGCCGCGGGUGUCACAAUGGAGCGGCCCACGUCUCCAGAGCGCUCCCCAACCAGCCAUCAAACGUCACGCAUUCCUCGCCGCACAAACACGGGCGGCCUCCCAGCACGGCGCCGCCCAAACUGGGCUCCCAGAGGACCCCCAGAGUCCAGGACCACCAACAAGCCCACCAGGGGAACAUGGACUUCCUCAAUGUGCCGGACCAGGGCAUGUCCGGGAAGCAGAGGAAGAGGAGCAUCAGCCAGCGACCUCCUCCGGCCCCCAAGCCUCGGCCUCAGCCUCAGGGCCCCCGCUGCCGGGCCCUGUACCAGUACGCCGGCCAGGACACGGACGAGAUCAGCUUCGAGGUCAACGACGUGUUCGAGCUCCUCAACGACGAUCCAUCGGGCUGGUGGACCGGCAGGAUUCAAGGAAAGGAAGGUCUCUUCCCCGGAAACUACGUGGAGAAGAUCUGAGGAGGGUCUCGUGGUCUGUCGGUGAACUUUGAGUCCGUUGAGGGUUCUGUGUGUUGAGUGGCGGCGCCCACCGUGUGCUCAAGAAACGACCGGAAAAUUCCUUGCGGUUCCUUGUGAGGUCUUCGACAUAAUGGGAAGUGUGUGAAGCUGAGACACGUGAGCAUUGUUUGUAGAACAGACAACAUCGUUGUUAAGAGCGGCUCGGGUUCCAUCAUUGGGUUCCAUCGUUGGGUUCCAUCGUCGGGUUUCAUCGUUGGGUUUCAUCGUUGGGUUCCAUCGUUGGGUUCCAUCGUUGGGUUUCAUCGUUGGGUUCCAUCGUUGGGUUCCAUCGUUGGGUUCCAUCGUUGGGUUUCAUCGUUGGGUUCCAUUGUUGGGUUCCAUCGUUGGGUUUCAUCGUUGGGUUCCAUCGUUGGGUUCCAUCGUUGGGUUCCAUCGUUGGGUUUCAUCGUUGGGUUCCAUCGUUGGGUUUCAUCAUUGGGUUCCAUCGUUGGGUUCCAUCGUUGGGUUCCAUCGUUGGGUUUCAUCGUUGGGUUUCAUCGUUGGGUUCCAUCGUUGGGUUUCAUCGUUGGGUUCCAUCGUUGGGUUCCAUCGUUGGGUUCCAUCGUUGGGUUCCAUCGUUGGGUUCCAUCGUUGGGUUUCAUCAUUGGGUUCCAUCGUUGGGUUCCAUCGUUGGGUUCCAUCGUUGGGUUCCAUCGUUGGGUUUCAUCGUUGGGUUCCAUCGUUGGGUUUCAUCGUUGGGUUCCAUCGUUGGGUUUCAUCAUUGGGUUCCAUCGUUGGGUUCCAUCGUUGGGUUCCAUCGUUGGGUUUCAUCAUUGGGUUCCAUCAUUGGGUUCCAUCGUUGGGUUUCAUCGUUGGGUUCCAUCGUUGGGUUCCAUCGUUGGGUUCCAUCGUUGGGUUUUAUCGUUGGGUUCCAUCAUUGGGUUUCAUCGUUGGGUUCCAUCAUUGGGUUCCAUCGUUGGGUUCCAUCGUUGGGUUCCAUCAUUGGGUUCCAUCGUUGUUCUGAGUGGGAGCAACAAUAUCCGUCUUUGAGAUGUUAUUGUCCCCAAAGAAUGACUCAAAGUUAAAGUUACAGAUUGCGUUUUGGUGUCUUCAGUGUUCAUAUUUUCCCAGAAGUUGUUCUCGAGGAGCGAUGUCCACACUGUGAUUAAGACAACAGAAAGAAAUCAAGUAAUUGACAUUUUUUAAUAUAUUGACUGUAUAACGAACCUGCUCUAGACCAAUCAAAGACAUCGACAGAGACCUCACUUAAAAAGUCAUGAUUUUUAUUACUGAUAUCAUUAUUGCUAUUCCAUCACCUCAGUCAAAGAAAUAUAUUUUCAUAUUUUUACCUCAAGGACUUUUUGCACUGGAUUUGUUGCUUUCAUCAGUAAAAUAUAAAAUAUAUCUACAUUCAUUAAAAAAAUGUCACUCAUUAUUAAUCUUAUAUUAUUCUUUUAAUUUUUUUUAUGUGCGGUUGAUUUUGUAAAUCAAUGUAAUUCCCUCAGUCAAUCAAUAUUUGUUUUUAUAUGAAUAAAUAAAAGGUAUUUACAACUCUGAA